UUUAAAUACCUAAUAAGACAACCUCGAUGGCAACUUGGGCUCUUGUUGUGUGGACCACUGAGGAUCUCAUAGAUAACAUUCCAACAUCAUGGGCUAAUACGACCAGCACGAGGUACAAAUACCCAGUGGGCAUGAAGAGCCUUCGGAUAAAGAAGAUGGUUGAUUUAAACAUGCCGUUGGAGGACAGUUUUGAAUGACUUGACGCUAGAUAUAAAGUCAAGGCAAUCACAACAUUGCAACAUGCAAAAGAAUUGUGAAACGCCAUAUCGAAACUGAAGAAUCAGGUGAUUCUGAUGAGAACGAGCCAUUGGCCAAAGGGCAAAGCCUCAUCAGAAAAAAGUUCUUUGCCGCAACUAGUCUAUCCUCGGCUCCAUUCUCUCAAACUUUUUCUCUUAAAUCAAAAUCAUCAAACAAAGAGAAUAGAAGAGAAGUCAGCUUCUCCAGACCACUGCAUUCCCCAGGUCGCAGUAUGCCUACAACGAGGCCUACACCUACAACCUCUAGAAGUGCUGGCGAGCAAAUAUCAGAAUGCAGUUGGCAUGGGAUCGAAGCAACUUCCAACAGAUAUGAACUCCCACAUUCUAUCAGAGCUUCAAGAGAUUAGGUUCCACAUGGAGGAAUCUCAGAAGACCCUGACAAAAAUUGAAGCCUUCAUGGAAAAUUGUGGCAAGAACGAUCUGGAGGAACUGAUCCCAAACUCAGAAAAUCUAGUCCACUCAUCGUUUCUAGAGAAGCUUCCGUGCAAAACAAGGGCAGAAUUGGACGAAGUGGACUCGAUAAUAAGUAGAGAAUCCAAACUACUAAAUCAAUUGCUUGAUGUGGUUAGCUUAGAAGCUCGUAUAUUAUCUCAGCACAAACGUGCCCAGUGUCGGACUGGGGGUCAUUUGGCUCACCGGGCAAAUGGUGAAUUGGCCCACCCAACCCAAACCCCAUUCAAUAAAAACAUUUUGAUAAUCAUUUGUUGA